UGUUGAUAAUAUUGUUCUGUUCUAUAUGAAACCAGUAUAUAAGAAUUUCAGGUUUCAGUAAAAACCCGAAAUACACAGACCUAUUGUGAAAGUGAAUCACGUGACUUAAAGAAUUAUUGCAUACUUUAAUGUGUUACUUCCUGGAUAGGAUUUCAGGUUUGCUGCGGCCCCAAAGCAUCGAAACAUUACUGUUUUAAUUAUCAAAGCAAAUGUUGAAAAUAUAAAUGUCAAAGAGAUGCCAGACAUUUUCGCAGCGAGAAAAUUCGCACAAACCUCCUAAAGGUAACAUACGGCUGGGCCACUCUGCCCCCACUGCUGUCUGAAAGCAAGAGGAGGAGACAAGGAAAUAAAGCGGAAAAAACGAAGACUGUGUAUCUGCUAUCCGAGGGCGUAACUUCGGGUUGAUCAUCGUGUCGAUCGAAGUCUCCACCCAUUUAGAGAAGUCCAGGGGGUUGUAUUGACCUGUUUUAAUUAUGGGGGGGGGUUACCUCCCGUCACACUCGUAAUUUACUCCCAUGCUACUACAUGUGGAACAGGCUCCUUCCCUAUUGUCCAGUGGAGGUGUCUCCAUGUUUGUUUUGUCACCAGUAGAUGUCUGGCUGGACAAUUCCCACUGAAGCUAUCAGAAGGGAAGGGAAGUUUGCACAGCUGUCUUGUGUGGGGUGACUGCAAGAUAACCGACUGGAUCAGGAAAGUCAAAAGAUGCGCAUGGAAAAAUCGCCUCCCGCUACGAGCAGAAAGCUAAGACAUUUAAAGUUUUACAAUACCAGUCAAAAGUUUUUGCAUGCACUGAAAAUGUCAUAUCCUUGAUUCAUCAAAGUAACCUCCUAUUGCCGUUAUAACAGCAGAGAAAAUUCAAGACAUUCUACAACAUUACGUACUGCAAUGUUUCAUGGGAUGAAAUAGUUAACCAGAGCAUUUAAAGUUAAAGGACAGCCUAGAAUUUGACUACGCCAUCCCCACACAACCAGUUAACCUGCCUACACACUGACACUGACCCUUUGAGGAUAAGAUUGCCAACCAUUGAUGUAGGCUAUUGAGUUCAUUUAAUUUCAUGAGUUUAAAGGUGCCAAUUUGUGUUUAAUAACUUCAGCUUGUAUUUGGUCACUGCUUGUGAAGUAGCUGUGAAAUAUUGAAGUUUUAGCACAAAAUACGUGCUAAGUUAACAUAUCUGAGGCAGAAACAUCAAAUGAAGAAAAAUAAAAUGAAGACGAAUUUAUUUAUUGCCAGUCUAGUGACACAGUUGUAUUUAUGUGACUGUUAUGUGCCCACUACAUUGGAAAUGACUGUUGUUACUUCAUUACCAUUCCUGGGAGAUGUUGUAUUACACCUUGUAUUUCACUUGUAUUACAGUAAAACCCACUUGACUUAACAUCGAGUGUGUCGCCCGGAUUAAUUAAUUUUCCGUGUACGCCGAGAAACCACUAGGUGUCAAUAUACUGCCAGUGAGACAGUGAAAUUGCUUUUCUUAACACUUUUUGUCUGCAAUUGCGUUUGUCAGACAUUGUUCUAUGGGAGUAGAUAGGCGCAUGUCUGUAAAUAUUCCUAUCAGCUAUCAGGAGAACUUACUACAAUAUAGAAUUUGUAGUGCUUACUCACCCACAGAAUAUAGUGCAGGUCAGUAAUUCAGAACGGGAUACAGUUUACACUUUAAAAAUCAGGGUCACCUAAGAAAAGGGCAAUUAUCCGGAGCCGCCCCUAUUAUUGCGUGCAGCUGUAUCAAAAUCUAACUGCAGCCAAAAUAUUUGGGUUGUUUGGUCCUGUGCCACUGUUUCCCCUCAGGUUAUCCCUAGAUGACCCAAUUUUCUGAUUGAAAAUAGGUUAAAUAAAUUAAUGACUACUCUGAUUAUAAUGAAUUGAUCUGAUUGUCUAUAUUACACAGCCUGGUUUUUUUGUUUAAUGGGGACAACAAAGGAAAUGAGGUUCUGGAUGCAUUAAAAUACACAUGCAGAAAAUCGUGAUGUCUUGCCAUCCCUGGAGGAAUCAGCAUAGGAGAGACUUUGAUGUGGGGGGGGGGCAAGACUUGAUCAUUUAAAAACAAACGUAUAAACGAAUUUAAAUGCUGUAGAUUUUUGAGUACCAGUGCUCUUAUUCUGGCUGCACACACAUCCGUGAAAAAAGGUGGGGUACACAAGAGAGGCCACAAUCCAUACAGACAGGGUGACUUUAUCAUUAGCCAAUGAUAUGUUUUGAAUCUGUGACUGACAGGGGAGGAGGCACUCUGUUGGCCAAUCAUCUUCCAUCUGGCCCCGCCCCUUUGUAGGUCCCUGGACUUUAGGUCUGGAAAGGAGCUAUCUAGGCAAUACAAAAUGUCUGUUGAGGCAGAGAGUGACUUCUGUGCUCAAGCAAGACCAACCAAAGGCUAGGCCUCUGUGGAGGGGGGGCUAUGUUUGGAAACUGGGUUAGAGAAAUGACUCAGUUGGGUCAAUUUGUAGCAAGAAGGAGGUCGGAUUGCCGCAGCUUUCUUGCUCCAGAGACUCCUGCACAAAGCCGCAAAAUGACAUUUACGGGUGGGUAGGGCAACAGAGAAAUUUAAUAAAUACGCAGCAAAAACCACUUCACCCUUAACUCCUGCCAGCUGGCCCAGAUGAGUAGAAGGUUGCUUGGGUAAUACCAGGACGUUUUAAAGUGGUGGACAUACAAGAGGUCGUAAUUCAUACAGAGGGUCCAACCUUAUCAUUAGCCAAUUAUAUGUUUUGAAAUUGGUGAUUGACAGGAGAAGGGGCACUCUGGGGCCAAUCAGCUUUCAGUUGGAGCCAGUUCCCCAAUAGCCACACCCCACUUCCAGUAUGCUUCUGGAAGGCUAGGCCUUCGCGUGGCGAAUCUGCCAGACUGCACGACAGGAAUGCACACCAGGCACUAAGAAUGUCGACUGGCCCUGGCACGUUGAUGGGGAAAGAGCGUGCAGUGAGUGUGGGGAGCAGUUGGCAUUUGCUGGCGCCAUGAACAUAAGGCAGGUGGCCUUUCUUGUAAUGUAACUGGACUUGGGAGAGUCUUUUUCUUCCUGCUACAUGUGUUCUGCUUACAGGCAUCCAUGGUCCCUCAGAGUCAUUUUAUUUUUUCCACAUACCAAAACUACCCCAACUUCCCUCCACCAUCACACACUAAUCUCUUCCCUCGUAUGCUGAACUUCAGGGACGUGAUUGGGAUUUAGCUUGUCCCCUGUCACCUCCCUUCCCGAUUACCAUUCUCGUCUUCUUUGAGCGUCCCUACAGUCACAUCUCCAUAACCAAAGUCAAUCAAACACUGCCAGACCAUGCUUCUGAGACCCUGGCUGAUUCCUCAUGGUUUCCCGAAGGAUCUUGGCCUGGAAGUGGGCUGCUGGGCUACGCCAGGCCCCGAGGCACGUCUUGGCUUAUUAAGUUGUGCCCGGCUGAAGCGACGCUGGCUUCCCUUAAUCACAUCUUCUCUCCUUUCUGUUGUCCUUAUGAGGUCAUUACAGGGGCACUGGUGACAGACAGAAGGAGUGAGACCCAAUCAUCCACCCACCAGCUGCCUCUUACUGUAGAUAUUUAGUCUCUGAUUCAUAAUGCUGGGCUUUUUAUGGGGGUGUUGGUUCAGAUCUCACUGUUGGUAAGAGCAGGAAAAUCUCCUUACAUCACGUGAUGUAACAAAGUGUUGCCCAUCGGUCAACAGCGUUAUUUUUCAUUGCAGCUUCCAAAGAGCCAUAGCUAGAUGGAAAUAUGGUUUUAUUUGGCCGUUAGUGUGGUCAGUGUGAUGUCACUGAUCCUCUGUGUACACAUCCCACACCUUUCCACUCAGUUUGGGGUUUGAUCGCCGUCAGCGGUUGAAGUUGGUUUAUUGUCUAAGGUGAGCUGUAAGCAUGGUGAGAUUGUGUGAACAUGACAUGUGGCUGGUAGAUGCAUGGUUCGAAUUUUGGUGGCGCUAAGGUGAGCUCGGCUCCUCUGACAAGGAUAUCAGCUACCCUGUAACUCUCCCCUUUAGGUGCAGCUCUAAAAAAGUGUCCACUUUUAUAUUAUAGGUUAUAUGUUAUUUUCCAUCCCUGAAAUGAAAAAAAAAAAAGUAUAAAUAUGUCAAUAUUACGUGUUUCUUUGCUGUUAAACUUCUUAUUUGAUUCUUAUGCUGUUGUAAUUGUGACUAUAUGAAAUGUUACUGACGGUUUUAACUGCCUGCAGUAGUAAUAGUAGAAUGUUUUUCUCUGUAACCCUGCUACUGACCGCGCUGCAGGGCACUUGCAUGUGACCUGGGAAGUCGUGGUGCUUCCUCAAAGCCGCUGUGAAAUUCAAACUCUUUUUGUGGCUUGAUACCCUUAUCUAACCUUUCACCAUUUCCAUAUAAAUCUUCUGCUCAUGUCAGGGCCCUAGGGUACAUGCAGCGGCAAUCUCUCAAUCUCUGCACACGGGCCGUAAGCAGGGCUGCAGCUACAGGAGCAUCUGGGGUCCUGAAAGCUAGCUGCUUUCCAGUAUGGUUCCUGUUCCUGCAGAAAUAUGACGGGCAGUUCCCCCGUCUCAAUGGCUGGGUUCCUGCUCCACUCUGCCUCAGUUAGUCUUGCAGCUGCUCAUACUAAUUUGACUAUAAAGAUUCUUCUUCUUUACAGAGAAAAGGAGGAAGUACUCUUCUGAUCAAAGCAACUACAGCCAUGUCUUUUAAAUGUAUUUCUCUGACUUAAUUCCUCUCCUUUGGCAGUUCAACGGAAAAAACGUCCCCGCUAAUGUUGCUUGUGGUUAGCACCGUCACGGACCGUUAAAGGACAGGUUAUCUGCUGAAUAAUUAUCAAUGUAAAUAAAGGCAGAAUCAAAGGAACCUGCUAAUAAUUUAGCAUGCUGUCUUUAUGAAGAUAUUAGGUGCUCACAGCUGUGCAGAGUAACUCACAAUACAGUUAUGCUCAUCUGUUUAAGGAGCGCGCUGGCGAGUCUGUCCUUAUUGUGUGCUAUCAGACUCGCAGACAUUGUUCAAAUAAAUUCAAAUACCAGACCAACUGGCGCCAUCCCAGUAUCGGCAAAAAAACUGGGCGAAGCGCACAGCUGCUUCUGAAUCUAAAGGAGAAUAACCCACAUUUCCACAGCACUUGUACCACCCCUCUCCGGGAGCAUGGGGUGGGCGGGCUUGCAGUAUGAAAGAGCAACACAUUCGCAGCCCAAAUUAGGACACAGUUGGACACAGCUGACUGGUCCAUCACUCCGCACGUGUCCACUGUGCUUCUGUGUCCAUAUCCUCAUGAAUACAGGCGACGUGAUGAGGAAUAAAAUAAAAUCUUCACACAACAUUCUUUCUUACGAUCGCAUCUCAGUCCUCCUCUUCUUUCUUGCGCCCCACCCCCUCGCCUUUCUUACCCUACUUCAACGUGCCUGUUUCCCUAAGUGCAAAGCGAGCCCCGAAGGUCCGAGGGAAAGCAGGGAUUGCCGUGGGGCUGUCGGAGAAUAAGAGCUGCCCGGACUGCUCUGUGGGAUAUGCCAGGUGAAGCACGUCCUGAAAAGCUUGUAAGGAACAACUGAACUUUGGAGCAUCUUCGGCAGCGCCUCAUGUAGGUGUGAGCGUGUGGGGAGAGAUGGCUGGGCCAGUCACGCCUUGUAAUAACAACUCCCAGGUAAACUGCUCGGACCUGGAGUGCUACAUGGUGCUGUCAGACGUGGAGAAGAGUGCCAUCGGCUUCAUAUGCAGCCUGGCGGGGCCCGUCACCUUCCUGGAGAACGUGCUGGUGCUGGCACUGAUCGGCGCCUCCUCGACGCUGCGCCGCCGACCCUCCUUCGUCUUCAUCAGCAGCCUGGCCCUCGCCGACGUCUUCGCAAGCUGCUUCUUCACCAUCAGCUUCCUGGAUUUCCACCUGCACCUCCGGCGGGACGGCCCCCGCGCCUACCUUUUCAAGUUGGGCGGGGUCACCCUGGCCUUCACUGGCUCCGUGGGCAGCCUCCUGCUCACUGCACUGGACCGCUACAUCUGCAUCCACCGGGCCUCCCAGUACAAGAGCCUGGUGACCCGCCGCCGAGCCCUGGCCAGUUUGGGGGUCCUCUGGGCCAUGACCACCCUGGUGGCCUUCCUGCCCCUCCUGGGCUGGUCCUGCCCCACUGGGCUGAACCCACCCUGUUCCCUCCUUUUCCCCUACAUUGACAGCUACUACCUGGCCUGCUGGACAGGCUUCAUCCUGGUGGCACUGGGGCUCAUCCUGGGUGCCUACGGGCUGGUGCUCUGGCGGGCACAUCAGCACGAGGCUGCCAUGGUGGCCCUUCAGAGCAGCGCAGGCGGCCAGGCCCGCAUGCGCAUGGACAUACGACUGGCACGCACCCUGGGCCUCAUCCUGCUCAUCCUGGCCGUGUGCUGGGUGCCCGUGCUCUCCUUCAUGUUGGUGGACGUCUCCACCACGCUCACCAGGGCGCACCAGCGUGCCUUCGCCUUCUGCAGCACGCUGUGCCUGGUGAACUCCGCCGUGAACCCGCUGCUGUAUGCGCUGCGCUGCCGCGAGAUGCGGGGAGCCCUGAUGCGGGUGCUGCGUCGGGGCCGGCGGGUCGCACGCAGGUGCAUCUCCGGGGAGCCCACGGAGGCCGGCGGCCGAAGCGGGGGGCGGGGGUCAGCGGCAGCAGCGACAACCUGGCGUCCGAGGCUGAGGGCGGGACGUUCACGUGCUCUGUCGUGAAUUCGAUGGCAGAAAGGGUGGAAAAACAGCAGAUGGAGCUCCUCAGGAAGUGAGCCAGGCGAUGAUGGGGAACAUUCAGGAAUGAGGAGAGGAGAGGCAAACAGACUCAUGCACGCUUUGUGUGUUUAUCUCGGGGUCAUGUAAUCAACGCAAUGUUUUUACAGUUUCGUGUUUCUAGUCAGCAUAGAAAAUAUAUUUAAUGCUCCUAAAAUAUUGUCACAUUAAUAAAAUGGGUGCAUUUCCAUGACUUGAUGGCAGUUUGAAUGUAAUUUAAGACGUGUUUGUUUGUAUUUAUUACAACCACAGAAUUUUGGACGUUUAUUGUGUUUAUCUUACAUUUCUGGCGCGACUAAGUAUCUUAACAGUAAAUAGUUCAUCCGUAAAAUGGCUUAUUGCUAAUGGUAUCACUUGUGUUAUUGUUUAAAGUUCCGUACUGUAAUCCGUAUAUCGUGUGCAGUGGAUGUUUAUAUAUGAAGUGACUUUCCCAAUAUAGGAUCCUUGAAAUAAACUAAAUAAAAUUUUUCUGAAAAAAGAAUUAACUGCAAAGAAAAGUUCAAGGUGAGGGUGACGCUGAACGACUUGAGUGGAGCAAACAGCACUUGACGUUUAUGCGAUGUGUAGAGGAAUGAUUUGGGACUCUGGUAUUUCAUUAUUGACCUUCCCUGGCAAUUGUGCUGUGCUGCAGUGACAGGUUUUGUUAGGUCACUACACUUUUCAUCACUGCCUGAAGUCAAAAAUGUGCGUCUUGUGCAGAAGGCAGGCAUCUUGUGACCAUUACUGUGCCUCAGGUGAAUGCUGUCAACACUAAACCCUUGGUUUAUGAGAGAGGCCGCGUGUGCUUCCGUAGUGCGUGCUGUGGUCUGCUUUGGCGUCCAGAUGGGUCCUUCUGUCAUGGGGGUAAUGUGCACAUCUUGUGACCAGAGAGAGAGUGGAAAACGGUGACGAAUGACCCACAGCUGCAGCCAAAGUUUUUCUCUGCUCUGUUCUAACACAAAGUUACGUAAAGGCUAUUAUAUAUGGACUGGGGAGCUGAGUUGGGUUUAUGCAGUGCAUGGUGCAUUUUUACCAGUGGCGGCUGGCCCAUAGGGGGCGCUCAGGCACCGCCCACCCAGAUGUGGGAGGGGAAUGUAAAAUUUAAAAAAUAUUUUAUAUAUAUA